AACGAGUUCAUAUUUGUAAACAGUGUUUUUUUUUGGUGUAAAACAAACGGUUCCGAAUGCUUUCAAACAUUUCCAGCCGAUUCGAAUUCUUUUUCUGUUCCUCAGCCUUGUUUUGUAAAGAUUUCUCUGUGCACCCCGAUAAUUAGAGCAAAAGAAUGAAUGGGAAGAGUUGAAAAAUCAAAACCUGCGCUAGAAGAUUAUCUUUUCCAAGUUUACCCCUGGUGACAUAGCUUUUGGCGCGGUCUUGCAGCUGCCGCGCGAACACUUUGACACACGCCCAAAGGGGGUCGGAUUUUCCCGCUCAAAAAAGAGUUUUCUUCACAUUGCUGCGUGUACGCUGUUUGCAAGUUGACGCGUUUGUUCCUUCCGGACGGACUAAUUAUUUUACCUGCUUGACCUAGCCUACUGAAAGUGUGGUGUUGAUAAAACGUUUGUGUUGUGUGUGUCCAUCUUGCUGUGUUGUACCAUUGUCAGGUGCAUUUUAAAUAUUUAUCUUGACGAAACGUUCACAUCAUGUCUCCGAUAGCGAGUGAAAAGUUGGGCUCGAAUGGCAAGAAACCGUUCACUGUGUUCGUGGAAGGUAACAUUGGCAGUGGCAAGACGACGUUCCUGAAUCAUUUCCAGAAGUUUGAUGAUAUCUGCCUGCUGACCGAGCCGGUGGAGAAGUGGCGCAACUGCGGAGGCGUCAAUCUGCUGGAUCUCAUGUACAAGGAGUCCCAUCGUUGGGCGAUGCCAUUCCAGACCUACGUGACGCUAACGAUGCUCGGAAUGCACACGCUCCAGACGGACAAAUCGGUCAAACUAAUGGAGCGAUCGUUAUUCAGCGCUAGAAAUUGCUUCGUGGAGAGCAUGCUGGCGUCCGGGUCGCUGCAUCAAGGCAUGUACAAUGUGCUACAGGAAUGGUAUGACUUCAUUUGCUGCAACAUUCACAUACAGGCGGACUUAAUUGUGUAUCUUCAAACAAGCCCUGAAGUGGUGUACGAACGGAUGAAGGAACGGGCCCGCUCGGAAGAGAGCUGCGUUCCGCUCGAGUACCUCAAGGAAUUGCAUGAGCUGCACGAAAACUGGCUCAUUCACGGCGCGUCACCACGUCCCGCUCCGGUGUUGGUAUUGAAUGCGGACCUCGAUCUGAACACCAUCGGCACGGAGUACAAACGGUCAGAAAUGAGCAUACUGAAGCCAAUCCUAAUAGAAAACACCAACCAGCACGCUAUACUUACAUCGCCAGCAAAGCGCGCCAAGACGGACUUUUGAAUGGUGGCCGCAUUAGUUUGUAAUUUUGUGCAACUCACUUUCCUUUACUCUUUACUCUAUGCUAAUUAUCGGACGACCAGUCCUCCAUUUUACCAGUGAGAAGAAAAGGGUAAACUCUGAUCCGCGCGGCGUGUUGCGUCCACGUGAACUGACCAAGAAGAGGCAAAGGCAACGACCGGACACAUUGCGCACACGCUAGCGGACGAUAGUUGUGUGUUUGCCUUAACUGUCGUAAUAAGUAGUGUGUAGUGUGAUGUUUGUGUUUUUACAACAUUAUAUUUAGUUUACGAUUGUAGUACGCUCAUGUGUUGGAAUAAACGGUUUGUGCUAGAAGAUUGUAAUCUUGACAAACUGGCCGAAAUGUUAA